AUGAGGCCUAGUUGGAAAGAGAUAGUUUGUCCAGGAGCUACUCGCUUUGCCACAACAUUUAUUGCAUUAAAGAGUUUACAUGAUCACAAAGAUCACCUGCAAGCUUUGGUGGUAAGUGAUGGCUAUAAAACAUUUCUUAAGAUGCCAAAAGGUAGAGAAGUUAAGCAAAUUGUUUUAGAUGAAAGAUUCUGGAACAAUAGCUUAAUCUUUGUCAGAAUAAUGACACCUUUGAUACGCCUUUUGCGCAUUUGUGAUUCUGAUGAAAAACCAUCAUUAGGGUAUGUUUAUGAUGGAAUGUAUAGGGCUCGUAAAGGGAUAAAAAAUUUAUUCAAAGGAAGGAAGACUUUGUACAGGCCUUAUACCGCAUUGAUCAAGGGACGAUGGGAUAGAAUGUUACGCCAUGAUCUUCAUGCUGCAACAUAUUGGUUCAAUCCAGUUUUUCAAUAUGAUCAAGAAAAUUCUUACAAAAAGCCAGAAAUUAUGAGAGGAGUUUUGGAUGUAAUUGAUAAGCAAAAACUAGUUGAUGAGAUUCUAUUUUUUCGAGAUAAAGAGCAAGGUUUUUCACGAGAUUUGGCUAUUACAAGUUGCAGGACUAUUAGACCCGAUGAUUGGUGGAAGAUAUUUGGUUAUGAUGCGCUAACUUUGCAAAAGUUGGCAAUAAGAAUUCUUAGUCAAACAUCUUCUUUGUCUGGACGUGAAUGCAAUUGGAGUGUGUUUGAGCGUAUACAUAGUAAAAAGAGAAAUAGAUUAGAACAUCAAAGGCUCAAUGACUUGGUAUAUGUUCAUUACAAUUUGCGUUUGCAAAAUAGGUCUAAAGUUGACAAAAAAUCUUAUGACCCUGUUGAUUAUGAAUCAAUCAACGAAACUAAGUUUUGGAUAUUAGAAGAAGAGGAAGAAGGCGAACUUGACAUUGAUGAGCUAGAGGGUAUGACUGAAGAACAUCCAAAAAAUGAUGAAAACAAUGAAGAUGCUGAAUUUAUGGUACUUGAUGAAGACAAUGAAGAUGGCAAAGGUGGUGCUUCACUAGAAGAAGAUGAAAAUAAUGAAGAAGAUUGGUUGCAAUAUCCAUUAUGA